CUCGCUGCCAGAACGAGGGGCGCGAUUUCAGGUUGUUGUCGAUGGCGAAACGUGAACGUGUGAACAUCAUUCUCACGCCGCUGCUGUCGACAGGAACAGUGCGCGAAUCUAGCGGCCUCUGGCCGCGACCCUCUUAGGCCGCUGCCCAGCAUCAUGAUGCCGCCUCCCCUCCCUGCCGCAGACCACCCAUCUUCUCGUCUGCAGCUGACAUCCGAUGUGGUGCGGUCGUUGUGUGUGGCGUGGGUCAGCCGGGAGGGCACGGUGCAGCGCAAAGGCCUCGACUUCUCUCCGGACGACGGAUCUUUCCUCCUGGCCCCGACCAUGAUCGAUGUCCACGUCUACCGAACGACCCUGCACCACACAGACGAGCCCAAGUAAGUACGUACGCGAGCAGACAGAAGGAGAUCUGCACUGACUGACCGAUUUGUUUGUUUGUUUGGUUGCGUGUUUGGUUCUGUGUUGCAGGUUGGUUCAGCGGCUGCCGUCGGGUCACCUGGGGAUAGCUGCGGCGCGGUUCACACGCCGCGGGCCGCAGCACAUCCUCACGGCACCCGCCAACCAGGAGGACGGUGCGACGCACGUUAGUCACUCAAGGGCGUCGUCCAUUGCUUGCUGUUUGCAGCCUCUCUGCGGCUAUGGGAUUUGCAGUUGAACCUCUACACGCGGAUCUUCCCGCUACCAGCGCCGUGAGUGAGCAAACCAUGAGGAGGGAGGGCCUUCUCGUCUCGUCUUGCGAGUGAAUGAUUCUCCCCGUUUGUGUUGUGUACCGUACCCCAGUGCUGUUCACCUGGCGAUGCACCCAAGUAAAGACCUGGUGCUGGCCUGCUGUGCCGACUCGUGUGUGCGCCUGUUCAGCCUCAACGACACGCAGCCAUUGGUGGGGUGGGGCGGGGGCCUGGAAGGGGGGCGGCACCCCUGAGCUUAGCUUAUAGAUGGCGUCGGUUGCAUGGCGUGUAGGCCCGUUUUGCGUCUCACUCGUCCCCGCCUGCUGCUGCUUUCGACAAGGAAGGUGGGAUGAGAUGAGCAGUGAGUGCUGCAACGCAACGCAACGCUGCUUAUCCGCUGCUCUCUGCGUGUGUGGGGAUGUUGAUCAGGCAUUGUGUUCGCCUGUGAGUGAAGGGCGGGGCGUCUUGUGCCGCUCUCUACAGCUGACUGCAAUUGAUGCCUGUCUGUCGCAGGUGCCUCUGGCCGACAGGUGCAUCUUUUCGACACCAAUUCCUACAAGGAGGUACGAGAAGAUGCCUGUGGAGUCUGUGCACUCUCACUCUGCGGCCUCAGAGCGCAUUUGCCGGCUUCGAUCUCUCCGACCGACUGCCCCGACACGCACACAUAACGGUACACCCCCCCUCUCCACACAUACACACACACGCACAGAGUCUCACGGAGGUGUCCCAUUCGGUGUGUUGCAGAGUUUGCUGUUCAGUCCAGCGGCGGACCACCUGCUGGUCGGCGCCAGCACCUCAGACCUGCUGCUGCUCGACGCCAUAUAUGGGCGGACACUCAACGCUCUCAGGGGCUCCUCAUAUGACAUUGAGAAUGGGAGCGCCAGCAGGACCACCCCACCCCCACCCCCCGCAGCAUUCUCCCCUGAUGGACAAUUCGUUUUCUGCGGUGGGUGAGGGAACGAACGCCUAAAUAUAUGUGUGUGUCCGUAUUUCUUUCUGUGUAUGUGUGCAGGGAGUGACGAGAGCCCGUCACUGGAUGUGUGGGAGGCGCUGGGAGGGCGGGUCGGGCGGCUCGACGGCCACACGCAGCAGCCGCGGUUUUUGGCGUUCCACCCCACCAGAGCUGUCUUGGCAUCAGGUGGGCGGGGCGGCUGGGCAGUGGGCAAACAGUACAUCGCCUUGCGAGUAUGUGUGUGUGUGUCUUAUGUGGUGUGUGUGCAGCUUCAUGUGACGUGGCCUUGUGGCUGCCGAAGACGCCUCCGUGAAUAUAUCGAGCUGCAUGUUUCUUUGUUGCCACUCAUCUGGAAGUGUCACAUACAGAACCGUUAUGCAAAGUCGUGAUGACGAGGCGAUGGGUGUGUAUCAUUUUGGUUGGUUGGUUGGUGGCUUGCUCGCCUUGUCCAGAUACUUGGCAUGCUGGCAUCCACACUUGUGCUCAUGUGUGGGUGUCGACGUGCCGAGGCUGUGGGCGAGACGAGCAAGGGCCCAGGGGGAGGGGAAACUGAGUGGCAUCGCUGAGCAGACCGACAUUGUACAUAUCACGAGGCGUGUACUGUAUGU